UAAAACAGCAUGCACAGUUGAUGCAUGGUAUCAGUACAUCCACAAGCACAUGCACUGCCCAGCACUUAUCACUGAGACACAACGAGCAGAUGGAUUGACUGUGAGGGGCAAGUGAGGAAAAAAAAAAUGAGGGGAGUGACAGAGGAGGAGGAGAAGGAAGGGUGGGUAGAGACAGAGAUAGAGAGGCAGAAUCACUGAAGUAGCACAGGGGGGCUUGUGAGAUGUACAGAACAAACACUGACAGGCUGUGACACCGAGAGUGAGAAAGAGGGAGCUUGCAGCACCUGAGAGGCAGCAGCAGCUUAAUUAGCAUCAGGAGGAGAGUCGGUCACAGGCAGCCACACCAGGACUCGUGUAGAUAAACUGCUGUUACCGCUUGUGGAGGCUACGGCGGAGGAGGAGGAGGAAGAGGAGAACGAGACUGGAGCCAAAGCUCGAAAGAGAGGAUGAGAAGCAUCGCUGCCACCUGACUCAUACUGGGAGUCAGCCUCAGCACCUGCAGCGGCAGUCUGAGCACUCCAGCUAUCAAGGAGAUUGGGGCAGACGGAGAGAGAGCUGCUGAGAUUAUGCGUGGGGCAGAGAGCUCCUGUGGAUUCCCCAUCUUUGGCAAAAGCAGCAGCAGCAGGAGGAGCAGGAGCUGUGGCUCUACAAACAGCAGCAGAGCUAGCUGCAGCUGCAGCAAAACAAGGAGCUCUGACUCCAAAGCUAUUUAUUUAUCAAGAAAUGAAGGUAGCAUUUACAGCCAAGGUGUAACAGGAACCAUCUGUCGAUGUAGCCACAGUGUUGAAUGUACCUGUAGCCAGAGCACUGACGGUAACUGCAGAGCUGGUGCAAAGGUGCCCACAGCAGUGCAGUUAGUUGUAGUUGUAGCAGUAGCAGGGGGGCGCAGUGGCUCAGGACACUGAAUGACCAGUGUGGCUGAUGAAGGCCACCUGGAUCCGCUUGCUGAAACGAGCCAAGGGAGGUCGCGUCAAGAGCUCCGACGCUUGUGGUUCGGCCGACUCCUACACCAGCCGUCCAUCAGACUCCGAUGUGUCCCUGGAGGAGGAUAAGGAGGCAGUGCGCAGAGAGGCAGAGCGACAGGCUCAGGCACAGCUUGACAAGGCCAAGACCAAACCAGUUGCAUUUGCUGUUCGCACAAAUGUCAACUACAGCCCGAGUCACGAUGAUGAUGUCCCUGUGCCAGGCAUGGCCAUCUCCUUUGACGCUAAAGACUUCCUCCAUGUCAAAGAGAAAUUUAACAAUGACUGGUGGAUAGGACGUUUGGUGAAGGAAGGCUGUGAAAUCGGUUUCAUCCCCAGUCCAGUGAAGCUUGAAAACACUCGUAUCCUCCAGGAGCAGAGAGCCAAACAGGGCAAGUUCCACUCCAGUAAAUUGGGAGCAAACUCAUCUUCUAGUUUAGGUGAAGUGGUUCCUAACUCACGGAAAUCUACUCCUCCUUCGUCUGCCAUUGACAUAGACGCCACAGGCUUAGACCCCGAGGACAAUGAGCUUCCCGUCAACCUGCGCUCCCCUAAAGCCAGUCCAAACACUGUCAUGUCACCCCUAGCAAAAGAGAAACGAAUGCCCUUCUUUAAGAAGACGGAACACAUUCCUCCGUACGAUGUUGUGCCUUCCAUGCGGCCCGUGGUUCUGGUUGGACCGUCACUGAAGGGCUACGAGGUGACAGACAUGAUGCAAAAAGCACUGUUUGACUUUUUGAAACACAGAUUCGAGGGAAGAAUAUCAAUCACUCGCGUCACGGCGGACAUCUCUCUCGCCAAGCGCUCAGUCCUGAACAAUCCCAGCAAGCACGCCAUCAUUGAACGCUCCAACACACGCUCAAACUUGGCUGAAGUCCAGAGUGAGAUUGAGCGGAUUUUCGAACUGGCCCGGACGUUACAGCUGGUGGUUCUGGACGCCGAUACCAUCAACCACCCGUCACAGCUGGGGAAGACUUCCCUCGCCCCCAUCAUUGUCUACGUCAAGAUCACCUCCCCCAAGGUGCUGCAGCGGCUCAUCAAGUCCAGAGGCAAGUCUCAGGCGAAACACCUCAAUGUCCAGAUGGUGGCAGCUGACAAACUGGCUCAGUGCCCUCCUGAGAUGUUUGACAUCAUCCUCGAUGAGAACCAGCUGGAGGAUGCAUGUGAGCAUAUGGCUGAUUACCUGGAGGCCUACUGGAAAAGCACUCACCCCACCAGCUGCAACCCCCCAAACCCACUGCUAACGAAGCUGCCCACAGCCACCCUGCCCUCCAGCCCAGCCCUGGUCUCUGGUGUGCAGGGCAGCAGUGCAGAGCAGAAGGGAGAUAAAGUGUUAGUGGAGAGACAGGGCUCCAGAGAUGAUCACCAGCACCAUCAUCACCAUCACCACCACCACCACCAGAGCCAGGACCAGGCUGUUGCUGAUGCAGAGGCCGAGGAGGAGGGCAAUGAGGAGGAGAAGCCCCUGAGGACAGAGUCCUCCAGGAGAGCCCAGCAUAUCCACCACCGUUCGUCUUCCACCAGGACUGAGCACCACAACCACCACCACCACCACCACCACCACAGCAGUCGAGCCAGGGGCCUCUCGCGGCAGGAGACUUUGGACUCUGAGACCCCCGAGAGCCGAGAAAGCAGAGAGAGCCGAGAGAGUAAGGACUCGGCUUAUAUUGAGCCGCGCACUCAGCUCCUUCACCAGGAAGAGGAAGAGGAGGAGGAGGAAGAGGAAGAGGAGGAGGAGGAGGAGGAGGACGAGGAGGAUCUAGGGGAGGGGCACCCCCAGCAGCAACAGCGUUACGAGCCGCUGCCCCACCGGGACCACAACCACCAUCACCACCACCACCAUCACCGUGGUGGGGCCGACGAGGCCGGCCACAGCACGGGACACCACCGUUCCAAAGAGCGCGAACAGGACCAUAACGAACGCAACAAGCAGCGCUCUCACCACCACCACCGGCCGGCACGUGACCACCACCAUCACUACUACGACCGGGACAGAGACAGGGACCGAGAGGGGGAGGUGGCUCCCAAAAAGAGGGGUGAUGCAGGGGAAUGGGUCAGAGAUUCCUACAUCCACCAGUGACAGACCAAAUCCCUCCUGAAGCUCAUUUGGACUCUCCUCUUAAAGACCAUUCUGUUCUCCCAUUGUGCUGCUAUACCCUGAAACCACAGCAUCCUAUUUAUGUACACUUCCUUUGUAAAUGCUGUUGCAUCUUUUUCAAUGGCAGGAUUUUGAUUACAUAGAUACAAAUAUAAAUAUAUAAAUAUAUGUAUGUGUGUAUCUAUGCAUAGACGUUGUUUAUGUGUGGAUAUGCAUGAAUAUUCUCAAAUAUGCAUAUUUUAAACCUGUGUUUGAUAAAGCAUGACACAAAAGCAGAAUUUUUUUUUCUGUACUGAGCUGUGCUUUCUGUGAUUAGCAUUUUUUAUUUUAUUUUUGUUAUUGUUUUUUGUUUUUUUUUUGCUUGCAACCACUUGAAUAAUAUGUUCCUUCAGACUACUGCUAGAGUUGACUGCAAGAGUUGACUAACCAAGUUAGUUUGAUGCUGUAUUUGCGGAGGUCUUUUCUUAAAAAAAAAAAAAAAUAGUUAAGCAAUUUGGGAAAUACACUAAAUAAACACAUAAAUAAAACCAAUGCAGUCUAAUACAACAGUCCUUCAAUAAAUCCGACCCUCAUGAAGCGUAUAAUGUUCAGAUUGUGUUUAAACCGUUAUAGAGAGGUGUUGAUUCAACUCCUGUUGGAUUUGUGGUGCUGUUGGGUUGUAUUGUGUUACACUGACAGGUGUUUCUAUUAUUUUGUCCGCUCCUGAUAAAUAACAGAAACAUCUCUGUAUAUGCUCUGUAUAUACUGUACACUUGAAACAAACACCUUUCUUAAACUAUUUCAACUGAACAUUAUAACCUUCACAAAAGGAGGAUUUACUGCAGAAUCUUUAUACUAAAUUGCAUUGGUUUUAGCUGGGUGUGUCUAAUAAACUGGCAACUGAGUUUAAAUGAGAAGAUCAAUGCCACUCAUAUUUGUAUAGUACAAAUGAAGCUAACUCUAGCAGCCAGUUAGUUUAGCUUAGCUUAGCUUAGACUGGAAACAGAGGAAGCAGUUAGUCUGACUCUGUCUGAUGGUUAAAUAAACUUACCAGCACCUCUAAAGCUCUAAUUGACACUUAAUAUCGUAUUUGUCUGUACGAAAAAAAUCUAAAAACAUACAUUUGUGGUUUUAUGGCAGGGACUAACUUUAGCUGACUUAAGCUAACCGGCUGCUGGCUGUAGCUUAAUAUUUAACAGACAGAUCCUAGAGUGGUAUUGAUCUUCAGCAGCAAAGCGUGUAAAUGUGUUUCCCAAAGUGUCAUACUACUCCAUUAAUUUUAUGUUCAUCAUUUAUUGCUUAGUUCCCUUUUUUUAAAUUCUGCGUCCCUGGUUUUAAACAUUUGGUUCUGACAUAUUUAUGCCUCCUUCGAGGUGCACCUUAGUCAUGCCUUACAAGACAAACGACUUCUACAGUAACUCCCUCUCUGACAUGCAGUACUGUUCUCUUUGUAUGGGUCCAGAAACAUUUUAUAACAUUGAUACACCCUUUAUUCUGCACUUUUACUGAUUCACAUUGGUUUCAUGUAAAAGCAAUUUGAUAUGACAUUGCAACUUACUGUAGGUUUACUACCGAAACUCCACAAAGGUUCAUCUUUUAUUAAGUCUGAUCCCUUUUCUAAUGAAUGUUGUUUAACUCCCACUUUAAUUCCCAUAGUAUACAGAAUGUUCAUUUUCAGAUAUUUCUUCAGUAUGUUCCUCACUAAAAAAAUUAAAAUAUAAAUUUGCAAAACAAAUUCAAACUAUUUCAAAUGUUAACCAGAGGAAGUUGGGUAAGUUUUCUGUAUUUUUGCCAUUUUCUCACUCCCCUGCCUAAUACAAAGGAUUGAGCUAAAAUUGAGUCCAAGCCCCUGUUUACAAAAACACCAACCCCAUCCCCUCACUUUCUUUGGUUUUGCCUGACAAUUGUAAUUAUUAAAACUCCAUUUCUAUGCUACAUUUGUAGCACUACAGAUUUUUUAACAGUGUACAUGUGUAUGUACAUAAUGCAUAAAUAUAAAGAAUAAAGUUGGCAACAAAGAACUGCCGUGAGGGGAGAGGAA